UGAGGGCGGAUGUGCACAAGAUAACAACUUGAUAGUACAUUUCCUGUUACUUUAUUCUUUCAUAAAUACCUCCUGGUCAAGGACUGGCAACAACGAAGCUCAUUUUAUAGUUUUGUUACACUCCUACCUAGCCAAAAACCACUGCGCCGCCAAAGUCAAAACCGUUAUUUCUGACAUAAAGCAGUCAAGCGGUUUUGUUAAUUGUAAUCAUGAGAUCGUUAAGAAUAAUGUCAUAUUAAUUGUGUUUUAGGUAAUCCCUUUUUACGCAUUUGGUCAUGUCAGAACCAGAACGAACUCUUGUGUUCCACCCAGUCAUUUCAAGCGAACACGGGCACUUGGGGAUAUAUUCAUUUUAAAACUUUGUCAGAGAAUAAAAGUCAUGAAUUGUUGGAUUAUCCUCUAUAUCCUAAAGGUGGGCUAACAAGGCAACCUGCUGCUCGACUCUUGUAGUAGGUCUGCCCUCUGCAUUGAAAACCGUUCAGUAAUAAAGAUCUCUCGAUUGAUUCACAAUACCGCCAGUAACAACAAUAUACAGACCUCCAGUCUCUGCAAUACAAACGCGCAUAAAAAUGGCACAGAUUCUUAGGGGCGCUCAAGCACAGCGCACUUGCUUCGGAGGACCGUACGAGCGUCAAGCACCGACUCCCCCCUGCCUUUGAAGUCCAAUCCCCGCAGGAGGCGUCCAGAUUCCGAUUUCAGUUGUGGAAAUCUCUCAUCAAUUUGAUGGGAAGCCCCAUCCCCACGCCUCCGUCCCUCCUCUGAAUUCCUGCGCGGCUUCUGGGGGACGCGCGUCUGAGCCGAGGCGGGUCACAAAACCGAGCGACCCGCUUUGGAACCGCGCGCGAAGACGGCUCCGGUGCUCAGGAAUGCGCUUCCAUGUCGUCCCAGCCGUCAGCUUUCUUGUGGAAAUUCUGCAGAAAGAGAAUUCGUUUCGCAGCGCAGAGCAUUAUAAUCCACCCUCCUUUGAUGGUUUGAAGAAGAAGGGAGCGGGGGGGGAGACAACUGCGUAUUCUGCGGGAAUACAAAUCAUAUUUAGACCUCGAAACGGCUAACUCCUGUUAUUUCUGCUUCUCCUUUUAAGCAGUAAUUUUGGAUACAAACUAGGCACUGCCGAAGGAAUGGGUGGGAGAUGAACGACUCUGAAACCUCGCGAAAGCUAAUAUUGGGGAGAAUAAGAAUGUGGUGUCACGCAUUUUCAUGAAAUUUACAUUCUCCGCAUAGACUCAGAGGGCAGCUUCGUCUCCCGUCUUUGAAGUCCGGCAAGUGUUUCACCUUGUCCCAUUGAUCAAUAGGAUUGAUUACACAUUAACUGAAGGAAGCCGAAAUAAGAAAAAAAAACGCAGCGGGGAAAGUUCUGUUUGAAACUCCGGGAACCGGAAAGAAUCCGAAACAAAAAUGUUAUUUUAUAUCGUCAGCACCAUCCAUACAUAUGUUUUGCUACUUGUCAUUUUUGCAUCAAGAGAGUGCUCGUCACUGCACUACGCAGACAGCAGAUCAAACCCCCUGUCCCUGGAGAAGCAUGUUGGAAGGCAACCAAAGGACUCCCAGUGUCACCACAUGCUUAAACAUCUUCACAACGGAGCCAGGAUCACAGUUCAGAUGCCGCCUAACAUUGAGGGACACUGGGUCUCCACUGGCUGCGAAGUGAGGCCGGGCCCGGAGUUCCUCACCAGGUCCUACCAGUUCCACCACAACCACACCUUCCAGGCCUUCCAGUUCUACUACGGGGACAACCACUGCACCACGCCCUCCUACACGCUGGUCAUCCGGGGCAAGCUGCGCCUGCGCCAGCCCUCCUGGAUCAUCCGCGGCGGCACGGAGGCCGACUACCAGCUGCACCGCACCCAGAUCGUGUGCCACAGCCAGGCCGUGGCCCGGGACAUGGGCCGGCGGCUGGGCCGCGGCUGCCGGGGGCUGGCGCGCGGGGGCGAGGCCUGGGAGCCCGGCGUGGCCUACGAGCUGUGGGGCGAGGAGACGGGCUGCGACUGCUCGCGGGCGCUCAACUUCGCCAUGCACGAGCUGCAGCUGCUGCGCGUGGAGAAGCAGUACCUGCACCACAACCUGGACCACCUGGUGGAGGAGCUCUUCCUCGGAGACAUCCACACCGAGCCCGCGCAGAGGAUGUACUACCGGCCCUCCAGCUACCAGGCCGCCCUGCAGAACGCCAAGAACCACGACCAAGGGUGCAUCCCCUGCCGGAUCAUCUACCGGUCCGACGAGCACCACCCGCCCAUCCUGCCCCCCCGGGCCGACCUGAGCGUCGGGCUGCACGGCCAGUGGGUGAGCCAGCGCUGCGAGGUGCGCCCCGAGGUGCUCUUCCUCACGCGCCACUUCGCCUUCCACGACAACAACCACACCUGGGAGGGCCACUACUUCCACUACUCCGACCCCGUGUGCAAGCACCCCACCUUCAGCAUCUACGCCCGGGGCCGCUACAGCCGGGGCGUCCCCUCCGCCCGCGUCAUGGGAGGGACCGAGUUCGUCUUCAAAGUGAACCACAUGAGGGUGAAGCCCAUGGACCUGGCCACCACCUCCCUCCUCAACGUCUUCAACGGCAACGAGUGCGGCGCCGAGGGGUCCUGGCAGGUGGGGGUCGAGCAGGACGUGACCCCCACCAACGGCUGCGUGGCGCUGGGCAUCCGCCUGCCCCACACGGAGUACGAGCUCUUCCGCAUGGAGCUGGACCCGCGCGGCCGGUACCUGCUGUACAACGGCCAGCGGCCCAGCGACGGCUCCAGCCCCGACAAGCCGGAAAGGAGGGCCACCUCCUACCAGACCCCGCUGGUGCAGUGCGCCUCCAGCAGCCGGGCCGCGGAGGCCGGGGCCGAGGACGCCGACGCGGCCCAGACCUGA